UAAACAUUUGAUAUUUUUGUGCUUUUUGACAAUUCAUAGACGUUUAAACAGGCGGGAAAUUGAAAGAAAAUUACAUUUUUUUUUAUUUUAGCGACGUGAAAUAUAUCAACAUUUCACUCAUAUGACAUCAAAAUUAAUUCAGCCUUAAAGCAAUUUUAAUGAAAUGUAAUUAAUAAAAUUUAAAUAUUUUGCAAAGUUAAAGUGGUUUAAAACUUCCGCUCUCAGAUUUCCCGACAUGUUUUCCUCUUGUUGUACAUCUAAGGUGAUAAUUUUAACCAGUUUGAGAUUAUCAGGGGAUGCAUAUGAAGUUUCUACUAUAACACAUACACAUCGAUAUCACAAUACAAUUCAGUAGACAGUUUUUUCUACCAAAUGCAAUACUUGUAUUGAUUUAUGAAGGAGUAAGCAACAAUGAUGGGCACUAACAUGCAGUUCAUACCAACAGAAUCAGAUGAUGCAUCUGGCCUUUCAAUGUUACAUUUUUCAUACAUAAUUCAAAACAUAAUACCGCUUUCUGUGGUGGAUGGACACAAAAUUGUUGAAUUCGACAAAGCUUUUGAAGAGAAACAGGAGGUCAGCGCGUAUGAAGACAUCACCCCUGUUGCAGUUGGUAGCACCUCAGAAGGUCUUAACAUGCCAGACUUGGUUGAAGUAACCGAUGAAGGUUCGCGAUCUUUGCAGUUGUCAGACUUAGACAUCUUGCAAGUGAUGAAUCAGUUCACUAUUACAUUUGAUGAAUCGAAAAGGCAGCAAUUGAUGAUCACUUAUGAUGUUAGAGAACUUUUUCCUUGGGAUUUUUUCGCAUUAGCAGAGACAAAUAAUAUUCACCCAGGAUACGCCCGGCUUUACCGACCUAAAUCCUCUCUAUCCGAUGUAUACCACGACCGAGAGAUGUCUUUGAUGAAUUUUGCAUUGCAUCAUACAGACAGGGAGGAAUAUGUUGGCAUGAUUCAAAUAAAUGGUCCAGCAUUGACCAUACCAGUGUCCGCUUCUGACAGACGUAUAAACGGAAAAUCUUUACCAUUAGACAAAGUACUCGCUUUGCCAUGUCAAGAGUGGCCUCCAACAGCAAACUCUUUCAAAGAAAGAUUUAAAACAAAUAAUUGGCCAUGGCUUAAAGGAGAUCUGAUGAAAAGGAUCAUCGAAGGAGGCUGUCAUAUUGUCCCCGUUCAUCACAGAGCAGUUGUUGGUGAUAAACGGAGAGAUGAAUGGAGAAUAUCAUUUGCGACAUCUGAGCGGCUCAUUGCUAGGGAAGCUUUGACGGAUUUUCAGAAGCAAGCGUACAUUGCUAUCAAAGUUCUCUACCACCAUAAAUUAAAGAAAUUAGAAUUGUUGUCGUCAUAUCACAUGAAAACGGUCUUUUUUCAUGUGUGUGAAAGGAUACAUGCGACGCAUUGGAGAGAUAAUAUGGGAUCAUGUAUCUUAUACUUUUUGGAUAUCUUGAUAAAAUGUGUUAGUAAAGGUAACAUUCCUAGCUUUUUCAUCCCUGAAAACAAUCUAAUUGAUUAUUUGACUGACGAAGAACUUACCACUCUAGAGGUGGAAUUGACUGAGAUUCGAUCUAAACCACUCGAUCAAUUAUUGGCAUUUUUUGCCCAUAAAUAUGUAGAGGAAAUUGGUGUAAAAUUAGAUUAUACAUCUAUAUUUUCUCCUGUGAUUUAUGACAUGGAUUUCUAUUGUGAACUUCGUAAUUUUGAUCUCACUCUAAAGGAGGUACUAAGACCAUGUUCUAUAAGUAUUAUGGUAAAAUAUAUAAAGAGUGAAAAUUACAAGGAAGCAGUAAGAACUGCAAAACAUGUUCAUCUUUUGUCAAGAAAAUGUACUUCGGAAAAGGAAACGUUGGCCAAACUUGUCCUGUCUGCUGUCGUUGAAAUCGAAGACAGUAAAGCAGAAAGGUGUUUUUUGAAUUAUGUGACUUGUCAACUCAAAGAGGAUGAGAGUUUUGAUUGCUGCAAAAGUUACUUAAAACACUUGGAGCAACAACCAAUGACAGCGGACAAAACUUACUGUUGUGUGAUGUAAACCAGUCAAUGGUGCAAUGUUUUUCUUUUAAUUCUUCUAUUUACUUGUAAUAUCACACGUUACAAAAAGAUGUUUAAUCUUUUAAUCAUAUACCUGAAAAUAAUAUUGAUAUGUAAUUUUUGUAUGAAAUUGAUAUUCAGAUUUUUCUGUUGAUAAGCACGAACGUUUUAAGAAUUAUCAAUAUCAUGUUGUUAACAAGGCUUGACAGAUUUAUAGUAGCGUUGUUAGUAAUUUGAUGCUAAUAAUGUGCGUAUCAAAACAUUAAAUGUCAUGCUCUGCAUCGCUUUCUCAUUGCACCAUUACUUACUGUAAUUAUGCAAUUUGGAUCAAUUCGAGCAUUAAAAUGUGAGUUUCUUUACAAAAUGUUACCAUAAAAAGUUAAGAUGUAUGCGACAAAACGUUAGAUCGUGAAACUAUUGAUUGGUAUAAAACCAGCACCGUAACAAAAUGAUUUUUUAAAAAUAAAUCCAUUAAGCUUUCACACUCUUUUGACUUAUAUGACAUCAUCUGUACGUUUAAUUUAGAAAUAUGUUUUCCAACAAUGAGGAAGAUUCAGCUUUGUGGAGAUAGCACUUGUAUUUAAAACAGUCAUAUCAUUAAAUUAGUCUAAAUUUUAGCAUUGUACCUAAUAUUUAAAAACUGUAAACAUCCCCAACUUGAAAAAUCCAUGUAUGUGAACUGUACACAAGAUUCCAUGUUUUAUGUGUUUCUUACGCCAACGACUAAAACAACAUUUUAUUUAUACAUGUUUUUUUUAUAAAGUUAAUGUGAAACUUAACUGUACAUGAUAUAUUUAAUAUGACUUUUAUGAAAAAUUUGUUUAUCUAGUUGUAUAAUUAUAAAUGAUGGGUAAACUAAAAUAAAAAUUUCAC